UGCUCCUCUUCCUCCCUACCAGACGGUCCUCUUAUCAGGCUUGGUGGGGGAGGAGGAGCUCUCAGUGAGUGUUUCAUAACCAGCCGGUGGUGGUGUGUCUCCUUCCUUCUCAGAAGAUCAGAAAUGGCAACGAUCAGAAGUCUCAGGAAACUGUGCCAGCACGUCCAGCAUCAAGUCUGUAGCCUGCACACGUCCGCCUCCAGGGCAGAGGCGGUGGUCAUCUCAGGGAGGAAGCUGGCUCGUCAGAUCCGGGAAGAAACCCGGGCCGAUGUGGAUCAGUGGGUCUUGGCCGGCAACAGGAGACCCCACCUGAGUGUCAUUCUGGUCGGAGACAACCCAGCCAGUCACUCCUACGUUCUCAACAAGACUCGGGCUGCAGCCGACGUCGGAAUCUCAAGUGAGACAAUUCUCAAACACUCGGAGAUUAGCGAGGAGGAGUUACUGGAUCUAAUCUAUAAACUCAACACAGACCCUGGUGUGGACGGCCUGCUGGUCCAGCUGCCUCUGCCAGAGCACAUUGACGAGCGCACGAUCUGCAACGCAGUGGCUCCUAACAAGGAUGUGGACGGCUUCCACGUAGUCAACGUUGGCCGAAUGUGCCUGGAUCAGUCCACCAUGCUCCCAGCCACUCCCUGGGGAGUCUGGGAAAUUAUCAAACGCACAGGUAUUCCUACCUUUGGGAAGAAUGUUGUAGUUGCCGGACGCUCCAAGAAUGUGGGCAUGCCCAUUGCCAUGUUACUGCACACAGACGGCCAACAUGAGAGGCCUGGAGGUGAUGCCACAGUCACCAUUUCUCACCGUUACACUCCAAAGGAACAGCUCUGCCAGCACACUAAAAUAGCCGACAUUGUUGUGGCUGCUGCAGGAAUUCCCAACCUGAUCACAGCGGACAUGAUCAAAGAGGGAGCCGCUGUGAUCGAUGUCGGAAUAAACAGAGUGCAGGACCCUGUCACUGGAAAGAGCAGGCUGGUUGGAGAUGUGGAUUUUGAAGCUGUGAAGAAGAAGGCUGGGUUCAUCACCCCGGUUCCCGGAGGCGUCGGACCCAUGACCGUGGCUAUGCUCAUGAAGAACACCGUCAAAGCUGCUAAAAAUUUUUUGACGAAUUAGGCCUCAGUGUGAGAUCUCCAACAACCCUGAUCAUCUUACAAAAGUGAACAAUGAACUAUUAUUAGGAAUUGUUAAAGGUGCAAAUAAUUGUAGGGGCAUUAAAUCGAUUUUAUUGAUUAACAGAAUUUUGGGGUUUUGACAAUUUAAUUUGAGGAAAAUCUGGAUUUUUUUUCCACCAAAACACUCCUCGGGUUUUGAUAGUUGGAAUGAUGUCAGCCCACCCAAGGCUACCAUCUUGUUUGACUGGCUCUAAUUAUUGGGACUUUUUAAUUCAGGCCAAGUCACAGCACAGAUGGUUGAAAUAAAAGCCAGUUUUGAAAAAUACUUUCUGUCAUUUGUAAAAGAAAAAGUGAGGGAAAAAAAGAUUCAAAAUUGGAAAUUGAAUUUGGCAUGAGAAAAAAAUCAGACAUUUUAUUUUUAAAUAAACAUUUCUUAACAUGAGAUCUUCCCCAGCCCUGCCUAAACACCGAAUAGAUGAACUGAAAACACAGGUUGGGAGUGUUCUCAUUUUUCCAGUGUCAAAUUAUACUUCUACAAGAAACAAGUUUAUUAUAAGUUUUGUUUCCUCCUUACACGUCUUUUCCAAAGGCGCCAAUAAGUGUGGAGAUAACUCAAGAAGGAUAAGUAAUUAUAUUU